AUGUUGGAAAAUGUAGUAGCAUGGGUUCUGAACAAUUACAUCGGAGAAUAUCUAGAAGAUUUGAACACCGAUCAACUAUCAGUUGCUCUUCUAUCUGGCCAGGUGGAACUGGAAAAUGUACCUCUCAAAAAAACUGCCCUUCGAAAGUUGGAUCUUCCGUUAGAAGUCAAAUCGGGACUUCUUGGAAAACUGACUUUAUCCGUUCCAAUCACCCAUCUUCGAUCAGAACCAUGGACUUUGAAACUUAGCGAUGUUCUGAUUAUUGUUGGCCCAUUGUCAGGAGAAAAACGUUACGAUGUCGAAGCAGUGGAGCAAGUGGAACAACAGAGAAAAGAGCAAAUGCUUGAAGAACUUGAAUUGAGACAUAAAACAGCUUUAUUCGAUCUCUGUGGUAUUCCGAUUCCAGAAUCACAAGACUCCUGGUGGGGUGCAUCAUUAAUUUCAACAGUUCUAAAUAAUAUUCAAUUAAUUCUGAACAAUGUACAUAUCCGAUACGAAGAUAACUCGACGAUUCUUGGACAGACUUUCAAUUGUGGAAUAAGAAUUCAAAAAAUGUCAGUGCAAACCACGAAUCAUCACUGGAGACCUGGUUUCGCAGAGCCGCAGAAAGGAACGAAUAUUUUCAAAAAAUUGGAACUUGCCGGAUUCAGUAUUUAUUGGAAUUCGAAAGCAACAAUGACUGAAAAUGUUGAAGAUUCAAAACAGCUAAAACAAAUUCUAGCACCAGAAUCAUCCUCCAAUGCGUACAUCAUUCAACCGUGCAGUGCCGAAUUAAGAAUGGAAAAGAAUUCGAGCAAAUUCCCACUGAAAGCCAAAGUUCCAAGAUUCAAGUUUUUCAUGAGGCCCGACGUCCUUGGAUUAGAAUUGACAAGGCAUCAGAUGACAGAGUUGAAAGCUGUGAAUCGAGAAUGGGCACGAUUCGAAAGGGCAAGGCAUCACAGAAAAUGGAGACCGCUUUGUACAAUUGGAGAAAACGCAAAAGAAUGGUGGAAAUUCGCCUAUAAUCGAGUUCUUGAAGAAAGCAGACGCACGAAUGCCAAUCGAACGUGGGAAUUCGCUCAUGAGAGAGCGACUCGAUUCAAUGCAUACUGCAGAGCAUAUAGAAAACGAUUAGUAGGACUGAUUGCCAACCCAAAUGCAGUUCAAGCGCCGGUCGAUCCAUCUGCUGCUCCUUCCACUGUCCUUGCUGUCGUCCCCGUUUCAAAUAAUUCAUCUACAACUUCUACACCUUCCGUCGAAAGUACAGCCAUCAUGAAGCAAAUCGAGAGAGAUGCUCAAUACACUUAUCAUGAAUUGCAUCUCUUCAGAGAGACAGUUUUCCGAAAACUGCUGAGAGAAAAAGAGAAGGAGUUGGGGAUCACGGCGGCAGUACCGGAAACGGAGGAAACGUUUGAAACACUUGAACCACCACCAGACGAGAUUAUAUUAGAGGAGACACCUACGGUACCUGCUGAACCUGCUAGCGGAGGUUUGUAUGGAUGGAUCACGGGGUUCUUUGGACAAGCGGAACAGGAUGAAAAGCAAGAAGACAAUAAAUUUGAUUUUGGAAAUGUUGACGUCGGAGAGCUGAAAGAUAUCAAUGUGAAGGAAAUGGAAGAUGAGAUUCUCGAUGUUCUGCACGAAUCUUGGGAUGACUCUACUCUGCUACGAAGAGAUGCACUUCUAGCUCAGAUUUCUUUGAGACUUGAACACUUGACUCUUCGAUUUGUGGAUAAUGAAGUUCGUGAUGGAAUCGAACAACAGAGGGUUCUUGCGCUGGAACUAUCAGGAGUAAGUUCCCGAUGGGAGCUGAGUCCAAAACAACACUACGUUUCUGUUGAUGUCACUGUGAACGAUAUGAGUGUUCAACGCCUUCGAUCAGGACAUCCUCGACCGAAAAGCAAGCUUGCAGAACUAUCAGAAUCACUUCUAUAUUCCACAGCAGAAAGUACUAAGAUGUUGCUGACCGUUGGUAGAGAUGGAGAAGAUAUUCUAACGACCAAAGUGCCAAUGUUCAGUAUGCAUUACAUUAGAAGAUCCCCUAGACUUAUUGUCAAACAUGUGGUGAAUUGCCGUCUUCGACCAGUGAGUAUUGUCUAUGAGGAAGGAGCACUUGAAGGAUUGUCAACUCUAUUUUCCGAUGAUCCAACAAUAUUCGACGAAAUCAUGAAGAAAGCCCAAAAAGUUGUUGGUUCCAGUGAAGUUGAUGAUGAGUUGAUUGAUGUCAAAGUUAGCUCAGAGCAUGCAUCAAUUAUCGAAUCCCACGUUUCAAUGAGCUUGGCGUUACCUGCCGUAAGGAUGGAAGUAAGAGGAAGAGGCUGGACUAAGAGAAAUAUGCGUCCCACAACUAUUUGGGAACCGGGAGAACCAAUUGCUUGUUUGAAUGCGGAGCGACUGAAUUUUAGCGUUGUGUCAAAAGAGCAACAUCUGACGAAUGUAAAAGAUAAUUUAAAUUAUUCAAAAACUGAGUUUUUUCAGAUGAAAAUUACGAUUGGACAUGUCGAAAUGAGAGAUAUGAUUGAGAAUACAACAUAUCCACUGUUCACAACAUCUUCACAGGUUUCGCAAAUGAAAUCCAUAUCGAACUCUUGUCCGGAUCUUCACAAGUCGCUGGAAAAGACUGUCCCUGCAAAUGCGUCGAAGUCCAAUCACAGUUAUCUGAAUCCAAUUGUUUCGUCUUCAGUUCCCGACGAAUCGUUUGUUGACUAUAUCAAACCAUUGAAUCUGACCACGAUGACAAUUACAUCUGCCACGUCGAUCGACAAUCAUGCGAUGACGAGUGCGCCGACGCCGCCGAUCCCGACGACUUCUGGAGCAAAUAGUCUGAAGCCGGAAAUGACCAUAAAGAUGACUUAUGCUGACAAAAUGCACUCGCAGUUCGAGAGGAAGUACAAAAAGAUAAAUCUUUCGGAGAAGAUCAAUAUGGCUUUCUUUUUCGAGGUUCUUUGGAUUUGGAAGAAGGUCUCGGAAGCUCCUUUUAUUGCAAGAAAUGGAAGAUCAUGA